AUGGGAGAAUUCGGCUACGGAAAAAGAAGUAUCAAUGGCCAACGAUUAAUAGAUCUCCUUCUAGAACACAAUCUUACAAUUGCGAACAGCAUCUUCAAGAAGAAUAAAAACAACAAGUGGACAUGGGUCUCCCCUGAUGGAAAGUACAGAAAUGAAAUAGAUUAUAUUAUAAGUUCCGUACCCACCCACGGUAGAAACCUCGCAGAGAAAAACCCCUACAAUGACCCUAAUUUGCCUACAUUUACUUCAGAAUCCUCUCUUAAUUCUCCACUUAAUUCAUUUGCCUUGUUACCUACUAAUGUAUACGAAGUUGCUCAAGUUAUUAGGUGCCUGCGGGAUAAUUGCGCCGUAGGUUUCGACCAAAUUUCGGGUUCGUUCAUUAAAAGAUACGAGUGCCAGUUAGCACCCAUCAUAACUCACAUAUGUAACUUGGCUUUCAACACAGGAGUAUUUCCGGAUUCUUUUAAAACAGCUAUCAUCAAACCCAUUCACAAAGGUGGUGAAAAAAAUCGCGUUGAUAACUUCAGACCUAUCUCUAUCCUGCCCGUAAUGUCUAAAAUUCUAGAACGUCUAAUUAAUAACAGACUGAAAAUAAUGAACUCCUUUCACCCUCCCAAUUUGGUUUUCGUCGAGGAAAGUCCACAAGCAGUGCUGUACAAGACCUAG